AUGGAAGGAGUUGCUGUAAACCUGAUGGUGACCCUUGAGUAUAACGAGUGGCGGAGAAGAAGGGUUAAUGAUAACAUUCUGAGGCCAAACCUAGAAGAUGCUCGACCGUUAGAGGAAUAUCUACGAGUGGUUCCCUCUGAGUUGGAAAUUAUAAGGCAAGACUUCGAAAAGAAAAGUUCGGAGUUAGAAAAGAAAAUAGAACGGUUGGAGCAGGAAAAGGCAUACUUGAAGUUAGAUGUUGAUGUCCAGAAGUCGGAGGCCAAGAAUUUAAGAAAAGGAAAGAGAAAAGCACGAGAGGCUGGGUUAGAGAAGAGCUUGGAUGAUAGUCAAAGUGAAAAGGAGGUGUUAAGGGCCCGGGUAGCUGAGUUAGAGAAAGCACUACACCAGCAUCGAAGUCGUAACUCGGUGAUUGAAUUAAAGGCCAGUUUAAGCAAGAUCGAGGAUCUGAAAAGAAAAGUAGAAAAGCUUGAGUCUACACUUCAGAAUUGUGAGCUCCGAAUUGAACGACUGGAGGCAAAUAACGGUCAAUUAAGCGAGCAGCUUCAUCGAUCUCAGGAUCAGGUUCGGGAUAGAGAUUACCUAAUGGGCGAAGCUAUAAUCCAAAUACGAGAAGUGGCUGAUUACUUACAGACUCUGGCAGUUCAGCCAGAUGUGCUGAGUACCAAAUAUGAGUUAGUGUCAGAACGAGGGCAGGAGUUAGCCUCCCUUCUUAGGAAAGUGAAGACUUUGAGCAUUAGGGCUAAGCCAUAUAUGUAA